AUGGCAUCAAGCGUCCCAUUCGAUGCCGAGCAUGCUGGCAACAAUGAAGAAAUGGAACAACAGUUUGCUGUGACGGCUGUCCGCCAACUGACGGUCUACUGGUCGCUCCUGGAGAAGAUGCCAGGGUCCAAACUCAGGCUCACUCGACUUGAUGACGAAAUUUUUGAUCAUCUUAAGAAAGACUUUCCAGACUUUGACCCGGCAGCAGAGAUCAAUGAAGAUGACAUGAAAAGCAAAGACGGCAAAGAGCGCUGGCGAAAGUUCUGUAUGGUCUAUGCCGACGGCGAGAAGAAGGUGGACGACUACAACUUUGGCACCAUGUUAAGACGGAGUGCCAAAACUGAGUAUGGCGAGAAGGAGACCAUUUUUGCUGCUAGGAUGCAGUUUUAUGCCAUCGAAAUCGCAAGAAAUCGGGAAGGUCUGAACGACUGGAUUUAUGAGAACGCACAGGCCGACGCGAAGAAAUGA